AUGGGCGAUCGCGAUAGGGAUAUCGAGGAGGGCAACGAGGCGCUUGAUCCCGAGCUGCUCUACACCAAGGAGUACUGCAUCGGUGGAGGAAGCUUUGGCAAGGUCUACAAGGGAGUCGACAAGCGCACCGGUCACGCCGUAGCCAUCAAGAUUAUUGAUAUCGAGAGUGCCGAGGACGAAGUCGAAGACAUUAUCCAGGAAAUCGCCAUCCUGUCCGAACUGCAGUCCCCCUAUGUUACGAAAUACUACGGCUCGUAUGCCAAGGGGGCGGAGCUAUGGAUUGUCAUGGAGUUUUGUUCUGGCGGAAGCUGCGCAGACCUCAUGAAGCCAGGUCUGAUUGGCGAAGACUACAUUGCCAUCGUCAUUCGCGAGCUGCUACUCGGUCUCGAUUACUUGCACACGGAUAAGAAGCUGCACCGCGAUGUCAAAGCUGCCAAUGUACUACUCAGCUCCAACGGGCAGGUUAAACUCGCGGAUUUUGGCGUUUCGGGGCAGCUCUCGGCUACCAUGACGAAGAAGAAUACUUUUGUCGGCACACCUUUCUGGAUGGCCCCGGAGGUCAUCAAGCAGUCAGGGUACGAUCAUAAAGCUGACGUCUGGUCGCUUGGUAUCACGGCGCUGGAGCUUGCCAACGGCGAGCCACCGUAUGCUGAUAUCCACCCCAUGAAGGUGUUAUUUCUAAUCCCCAAGAACCCCCCACCACGGCUGGAAGGAAACUUUACAAAAGCAUUCAAAGAUUUCAUCGAGGUGUGUUUGCAGAGGGACCCCAAAGACCGACCCACGGCCAAGGACCUGCUCAAGCAUCCGUUUAUACGUCGCGCAAAGAAGACGAGCUACCUGACCGAGCUUAUCGAGCGCCACAGCCGGUGGGCUGCGACGCACAAGGGCGACGAUGACGAGAGUGACCAAGGGGGUGAAGAAUACUACGAGCGCCGGCAGGUCGACGAGGACAUGUGGGAUUUCGGCACAGUGAGGCUCGUAGGAGAUCGUGGCGGCGUCGUUCCCCGUCCCGGACUUGGUGCCCUGGACGAGUCUGCCACCAACGCCAGAGCUGCGAGAUCUACGGAAAGCAUAGAUGAUUACGGAGAGCGUUCGAGAGACAGCAGUCCGACCAAGAUUCGCGACUUUGGCCGAGACCUCGCCGUCGCCUCUGAUACCCUCAAGGCGGCCAGUGCCAACACGGGGACCUCUCGACAGGCAUCGCCGCAACGGAAACCAGUGCCGUCGGUUGCGCCUGCGCCCCAGUCGCCGGCCAAGGUGCCUCUUCCAAUGUCACCUGAGAAGUUGCAAAGAGGAGGAGGAGGGGGUCCAGAGACACCGCGACCCGUCUCUCGAUUGAUUCCUCCUGCCGUCCCGGUCAGUCAAUCUCCGGACUACGACCGAGAAUUACAGGUUCAGUUGCAGAAGGACAUGGGCUUGAUGAGUCUAGGCCCUGUAAUUCAGCCCGCCGACUUGCAACACCUCGAUGAUGCUACACCCCCGCGACCCCCUCUCCAUGGGCCUCGGCCAAACAACAAGUUUGCACCGAUUACUCUUCCAGAAAUCCCACCAUACCGCGGCAGCCCGCAGGCGCAACAAACGCCGGUCAGGAUACCGAGCCAAUCUCCGAAUGGGCAACAUCGCCAACCGUCUGGCCAGGCGGCGCCGCCUCCACCACCAAAGGCAUACGCGCUGCCCUCAAAGACGCAGACACCUACUCCUGAACCCGCGGCUCCUUCAUCCUUCCCCCCGCCAGCGCCGUCUAACCCCAACGGGGAGUUGGACGCCUUGAACGAUGUCAUUUUCCCCGCACUCGAGGAGGCGCUAAAGAGGAGACAAAUUAGGCUGCAACAGGCAUUCCGACCUCAACAGGGUUCGUCUAGCCUCGUGGCCAUGAACCAGGUGACCCCAAAGCAACAACGAGCGGAGGCGGCUCACGAGAAGCUGCGAAAGCUCGUAUAUAAGCUCGCUCAUGUGUGUAAAGAGAUUGACCACUACGACAAGGCGGAGCCCGUGGGUAUGGGCAGGGACGUUGGCACCUUCCUGGAGGGGCUGUUGGAGGAAAUUCUCGUCAGGGUUGAACCCCUCGACGAGGAGGAUGUUGCGGCGUGA